UUCUCAGCGUCAUUGUUUGCAGGGAUUUGUUAAUAGGAUUCUGUAUUUUAGACGUCACAGCACCAACGAUGGAGAAAACGACAAGUAACGCAAUUCGUUUCUCAGAAAGUCGAGAAGUGAUAAACUCGCAGCACUAUAUACAAAGCCACAAAAUGCGCAUCUCCACCAUACAAACGGAAAUAUCAUACGACACUGUUGAUGCAGAUCAUGUUUUCUUAAGCGACGUUGACAAUUUGACGCCAACGGAAUAUACUUACGUUGGCAAUGAAAAUAUUGUUCGUGACAUUUUUACGUCUGAUGAUAGAAUAGAUGGUUUGCUUAAACGUGGUCACACAAACAAAGAUAAAAUAUUGCAAGAAAGUGAUGAAGGAGAACCGACAGUCAAGAAGAUACGUCAAGUUGUACGACGUCGUAAAACCUCUCUAUUAACGGAUGAAGAGUAUGCUAAUGUCGAGAAGUUAAAAAUUAUCGUUGAUAAAGAACUGCUAAAAUAUUCUCAGCAUAUUCAGCCGGACGUCGAUAUUGAUCCGGAAUACAUUUAUAAACAAAAUGUUGAUGAAAUCGAGCAUGAAAUUCCUGAUGAUAGAUUGUAUACAACAGAGCAAGACUUUGACGGAGAUGGAAAAGUCCUUAUGACGGGGCAAGAUUUUAAUGAUGGAGCUAGAAAAGUUUUUACGACGGAGAAAGAUACUGACGAAGAUAAAAACGUUUUUACGACGGCACAAGGCGUUGACGGAGCUAGAGAAGUUCUUACAACGGAGCAUGACUUUGACGGAGGUAAAAAAGCACCUACAACGAAGCGAAACUUUGACGGAGCUAAAAAUGUCCUUACAACGGAGCAAGACUUUGACGGAGGUAGAAAUGUCCUUACAACGGAGAAGGUUAUUGACGGAGAUGGAAAAGUUCUUACGGCGGUGCAACACAUUGGCGAAAAUAGAGAAGUCCUUACAACAGAGCAUGACUUUGACGGAGCUAGAAAAGUCCUUACGACGGAGCAAUACAUUGACGGAAAUAGAAAAGUCCUUUCGACGGAGCAAGAUAUUCACGAAGAUGGAAAAGUCCUUACCACGGUGCAAGACUUUGAUAGAGGUAGAAAAGUUCUUACGACGGAGCAAGACUUUGACGAAGCUACAAAAGUCCUUACAACGGAGCAAGAUACCGACGAAGAUGAAAAAGUUUUUACCACGACACAAGGCGUUGACGGAGCUAGAGAAUUUCUUACAACGGAGCAUGAAUUUGACGGAGGUAAAAAAGCACCUACAACGAAGCAACACUUUGACGGGGCAAGAAAUGUCUUUACAGCGAAGCAAGACAUUGGUGGACCGAGAGAAGUCCACUCAAUGGAACAAAGUAUUGAUGAAUCUAUCAAACUUCGUGCAACAGAGACAAAUAUUGAUAAUAUUUGGAAGCUUAAUGGUUUAAAAACGACGUGCAAAGAUAAAAACAUUCUGAAACAAAUUAAUUCUCAACGUCAAGAAGAUGGCACGAAGCAAUAUAAAAACGAGAAUGAGAGAAUGACUUCGUACAAUGAGUUCCAGAAAAAAGUUGAAGUCGUUGAGCAUCGAGAAGGAAAGACACCUGUUAAAGAUAAAACAAGACAAAUUCAAAAAGACAUUCCUUGUCAACUCCCAACACAAAUACACACAAACAAUAAAGAUGACACAAAGGGUAAAAUUGUUUACGAAAGAAAACUGCAUCAACAACAUGAAAAUAUCAUUAACAAUAAUGUUUGCCCUGACGACAAUACAACAGUGUGCCCUGAUGCGAAUCACGACACUGACAAAGAUACACAACAAGAACUCAUACAAGUGACAGACAACUCCCGAGAUGGCGUAGAAUUAAAAAAUAGAAUGAAUGUCCGAAACAUCACUGAGCACCCGCCGUGUGACAAUUUAGAAGAACGAAGUUAUAAUUUUAUUAAAAUGUCAGAAGAAAAACGAACUUUUGACGUUAAGACAGGCGAUGAAGUGAAAAUCCCGCUUAUAUAUGGACAGCAUGACGACUUAAAGUGCGUCGAACAGACUCACGAUAUUGCGAAAAACGAUCCAACAGACGUUGGCAGUACAACAAUGGGUGAGAACACUACUACUUCUAUUAAUAAAUCUGCAAAUAUGGCAGCAACUGCAUCUUUACCAUUAGGCAUUGAUCAAUAUAUUGUAAGUGGGGAGGCAACUGAUAAAAAUAGUUCACGUGCCAUUCAACAAUUUCGGCUUUUAGAAAAUGUCAAAGGAACUUGUGAUCAGCGUACUAGGAUCAGAAGGUCGAAGUUGGAUGUUCAACAACCUCAAAAUGAAGAACAACUGCGGAGGAGAGUAGAGGAGAAAAGAAAACAGCGUAAAGCAAAAAACACAAGUGAAGAAAUAGAAAGCACGGGCGGCUUGUACGAUAGCAUGCAUGUAGUUGAUUCAGGUAAAAUUGAAAAUACACCCAACAAAUCAAGUAAUGUUGAUAUCUUUACUGAUGAGUGUGAAAUUCAAGAUGGCGGAAAAGAUACGAGUUUCUUCGGUAUUCGCAAAGUGAAUAAAGUAAAGUUGCAAAGAAUCCAUCCAAACAACAACAUUGACCCAAACACUCAAUCAGGAAAAGAUGUUGUCAUGACGCAUGGUAAUUUAGCGAGGACACGUCACCUAGAGAGUGCACCAGUAAUUGCUUCGUCAAUAAGUAAACAUGACUCGCUACUACAAGAUAUAAUAUCAUUUCGCAAAAAAAGUAUACCAAAGGAAAAGAACAUCCAAAUGUUAAAAGAAAGUUCAGGUGAUCUGAAAAUAGAAAAUUAUGUGGAACGAUUACGUGAGUUUAGCUGCAAUACUGAAAUAGCUAAUCAUCUAGAGUCUAUUUUAUCAGGUAUUGAUAUAUGUAUUGCUGAACACGGCGGAAAUGUCGAUAAAACGGUAGGAUACAACUUAAGUCAUGGGGACAUCGAGUCAAAUUUAAGAACACUGUUAUCUACAAUUAAUAACUUUAUUGAGGAUGGUUCUUGUAAAGAAUUGUCUGUCAGAACUUCUGACAGUUCAAUAGAUGCAUUCCCAGCGCAAAAUAUCUACACGUAUGAAAACGACGCAGUACAUACCCAAGACGUGCAUGGAACGCCCUGCACUUAUGAUAAUUUUACACCGUACUCCAUGAUGAAGAACAGGAAGAAGAAACCACAAACUGAAAUGCACUCAAAAGUUAAUGUCAUCAUAAGCGAAGAUACUCCAUUUGAAAUUACCAUAUUAGAUUCGUACCAUGUUGUAGACAUAAAUGGAGAACAGGAGAUCAUUCGCUCCGCUAAUAAAAAUAACGCUAAUAAAAAGGUACGAUUCACUAAAACCUUUGUUAAAAACACUGCGAACCCUUCUUUCGAAGCACUUCCGAACACAAAGAAAAACAAUCAAAUAACGAUAACAUGCCAACCAAAGGAGACUGAAGGAACAGAUAGCACCAACAAUGCUUCUCUAAUUCAAUCACAAAAGUUAGCAACAAAAAAUGACAUACAGAAACAGAAGACUGUCAUUUUGCCUUCCGAUGAGCAAAAACAACCUAAAUCAAAUAAAUCACCACGGGAGAAGAGUGUAGUGGAAUGUGGUAAUCUGGCAAUAAAUGGUUUUAAAACAGAUGAAGAAAAUGUUCAAAUGAAUGGCGUAAUAUCUAAACAUAACCAAACGACAAUUGGAUCGAUUAAUACUAAUACAUCUCACAGUAACCAGACAAUAGAAUCGAAUAAUACUAAUAGAGCACCUAGUAACCAGACAAUAGAGUCAGAAGACGCCGUUAUAUCAUCACAACAACGUAAUUCUCCACGCAAAACUGAUAAAAAUAUUAAUCCUGUUAGCGAAUUAAACUGUGAAAGACUAACAACUUUAUCAGGUUCCCUUACAGAGAGCAAAAACAGAGUGUUGGAAACUGAGAACGUAAACAUUGACGAAGCAGCCAAAUUAUUGUCUAACAAAGACAAACUUAAAGCUAAGCAAGACAAAGUUGAGACAAGAGAAAGCGUAGAGAAGUUCGAAAAAGGAAAUGAUCCAUUAAGGAAAGCACAUAUAAUCGAAGUGGAAACGAUAACGGACGAAAAAGGAGAUUGCGUGAAUUUAAUCGAAUACUUAGUGACUCACCCUGAAACUGUUUUUAAGCUACAAGGAGCAGAGGAAAACAAUUCUUCUGCAAGUUUAAAAAGAACAGAGUUACUUCUCCAACCAGCUACCGACGAUACGUCCGGUGUGAAACUUCACGGUAAAAUUCAUACGUUGCACGAUAUAGCGAGAAAACUUGAAAAUUCUAUCGAUACAUUCAAACACGACAUGUUUAACAACGAAGUCAUCGCCGUUAUACACGAUGAAAACGAGGAAGUUGUAAAAGAAAACCAUGCGGAAAAUAAAGGCGGGAAUGAAAGAAAGAAAGACGAGUCUGUUAGUCAUGAAAUUAACAUCCUAUUUCCAAAUAGUCCCAACACACCAAAGAGACGAACCAUAUCUUUUAUUUUCCCCGAUAACGAAAAGAACGCGACAAACUUAAAACGAUAUGCUUCGCAUUUAGAUAUACCUAGUAAUGCUGAUUUCAGCAAUAACGAAAAACAUGUAUCAGUUAUUUCUAUAUCGAAUGAAGAGCUAUCUUCUCCAAAAUUAAAAACGAUGGGAAGUUAUUUAUCAGUGGCGGAUUUGCCGGAACCGAAACAAGCAAAGACUACUGAACCUAAACAAUGGCAGUACUCAUUAAAAGACAAGCACCCAGGAGGAGUAUGUCAAAUGAGCAUUCAGGUUGUCAUGGAUCCCAAUGUUUUAGAACGUAUGGAAACAGAGACAUUUGAGUACCAGUACUUAAUGAAAGAGACAGAGACUGAUGGGUGCGUAGGAGAAUGGGUACUAGUUAAUUGUACAAGAUCUGAAAUUAAAGUAUUUAUUGAACUGUUGCGCGAAUUGUUAAAGCGAGAGAAGGAAAGGCGUCAAAGCGAAAAAUUUAAAGAGACUAAAUUUUGUCAUAUAUUGUAAAUAUAAAAGAAUUUUAAUUUCCAUUUUCCUUCUAUAGAAACAUGAUAAUGAAAUGUGCUCAAAGUUUUUUAAAAAUUCGGUAUCUUCAUAACUUUUGUAGCAUAUUUUGAGACAGCUAUGCUUAAUCAAAACAUGCGUCAUGUGUCACCAUCUCCUGUUUCAUUUUAAAAUUUUAUAUGUGUGACGUUGCUGCUAGCAAAGUCGUUGAAUCUAGUACGUAGAUCAAAACAAAUAUUUAUGGAGAACACUAAAGAAAUUAUGUUGACACGAAUGUAUUGAUUUUAGAGCAUUAUAUCGUCGAUAUUACGUUUCUUAUAUGUCAAUGUUAGCGAAUAAGUCUGUUAAGUUGAACUUCUGCAGCUGAGUAUCUUUUUUUCCAUUCUCUUGGAGCUAUCAAUUGAGUGGUAGUGCAUGGACAGACAGAAAUUGCGACUUAACGCAAAUAUUGGUAAUAACGCCUGAUGCCAAAAUUACAGGGAAAAUAUUACUUCGAGAUAUGAAGAUGUCCGAGACAAAGAGUGUUUGAGAAAAGUCCAUUAUAUUUUUUUGUGAGAUAACCAAUUUGUUUGCAUUUUAGAGAAAUUUUGUUUAAAUUUUUAGUAAAUUUUAACGUAUAA